AUAGGCGACUUAAGAAGAUUUCUUUAAAUUCUCAGCUUCCAAACCAAGAUGACACAGUUCACAAAAGCAACAAUGGGACACAAACAAAGCGUUGCCUCUAUAGGAAAAAGUGGAAAAGUUCCAUGUUCUUCGUCGAUGGUGCAAAAACACGGCGUUGAAUCUAGCGGCGGAGGCGGAGGAGUGAUCGUCUCCGGACCGUCGCUGUUCGAUAACUUACCAGAAGAUUGCAUUUCCAACAUAAUCUCUUUCACAAGUCCACGAGACGCGUGCGUUGCUGCAUCGGUUUCAAAAACCUUUGAAUCGGCUGUUAAUUCCGAUAGCGUAUGGGACAAGUUUCUUCCAUCGGAUUAUUCAUCUCUAAUUCCUCCAUCGCAAGUUUUUUCAUCGAAGAAGGAGCUCUAUUUCGCUCUAUGUGACAAUCCUGUUUUAAUCGACGAUGGCAAAAAGAAAGAUAUGUGGAUCACAUGGGUUAGUACUCCUCAAUAUUGGCGAUGGAUUUCAAUUCCUGAGGCUAGGUUUGAAGAAGUACCAGAGCUUCUCAAUGUGUGUUGGUUUGAGGUCCGAGGGGGGAUGAGUACUAAAUAUCUAUCUCCUAGAACUCGUUACUCGGCUUACAUUGUGUUCAAGACAAAGGAUAGAUGUCCUAAUUUGGGGGAUGUGCCAGCAGAAGCUACAGUUGGAUUGGUGGGACAAGCAUCAUCUCAAAGACUCAUAUACUUUGUUGGGCCUACGAAUCGAGGGAGAGGGAGAGAAACGAGAGAUGUAACGAAACCAAAGGUGAGAAAAGAUGGGUGGAUGGAAGCUGAGCUUGGUGAAUUCUUCAAUGAAUCAAGUUGUGAUGAGGUUGCAACAAGUAUUCUUGAGACUAAGUCUCCUUAUUGGAAGCGUGGUUUGAUCAUUCAAGGAAUCGAAUUCCGCCCUACGAAAAGCCCAUAAAGUAAUACCAUGUUGGAAUGAUUCCAGUUUCUGUUUGUUUGCUUUCAAUUCUAUAUCUAAGCAAGUGAAAAGCUUUGUUGUAUGGUAACACGAACUAUUUUUAGUUUUUUGGAUUGCAGUGUUUGAUUUGGAUGUUCACCAUUCUCACAUGAACAUAUUUCAAUAAAGAUUUUUUUUUUUG